AUGACUACAGAAAAUAACGACAAUCUUAAAACAAUACUAACCAAAAACGGGGAUGUGCCAUACAACAAAGAGGAUGGUAAUUAUGAUUCCAAUAAUUUGCUUGAAAUAAAGCAGCAAGCAUUAGCAGACACGACACCGGAUGAAAAUAAUAAAAUACAGGAGAAAACACACAGACAAUCAAGGACAGUUUCUUUCAGUGAAGAUACUUGUGAUUUCAAAAACAGUAAUGCGGUGAAAAGGAAUUCUAUAGCAAAACAUAGCGAAGAAAUUAAAUCGGCAACAAAUGUUGAAUAUGACGACAGCAAUGUUCCAUACGACAGAGGAUGGGCGUGGGUAAUUGAUUUUAGUUGCUUCCUCCUGUUCUUCGUCUACCUCAGCCAUGACCACUGGCACUCGGUGCUCCUCCUGGACUACAUGCAGGAGUUCAACAUCCCCAUCACUGUUGUGACCAUCAUGAUGUCGGUGGGCAGCAUCUGCUACUGUGUGGCAACACAAAUUUCCACUAACGUGUUGGUGAUAAGAUUCUCAAUCCGGGUUGUGACCUCAGUUGCCGCCAUCUUUAACGUGGCUGCGACAUUGUUGCUUGCAGGUGUCCCAAAUAUCACCGUCUUCUUCAUUAUCAAUUUGAUCAAAUACAUAGUCAAAGGGGUGACCCUGAUUGCCACAUUAACCCUUGUUGGCUACUACUUCCGUCAGAGACGUGGUUUAGCCGCAACGCUGGGACUUCUGGGAGUGGGUACCAGUGCUAUGUGUGCACCGCCGCUGAUUCGUUACCUGAGAGACGAGUAUGGUUUCCAGGGCUGUUUCUUGAUUAUGGCGGGGCUGGAGAUGCAUGCGAUCGUAGCGACUCUACUUUUACGACCUAUAAGCACAUACAGACGCAGAAAAAUCGUGCCAAAAGAUGUCAGACCUGAAAAAGCCAGAAGUCAUCCCUUAACCCCAAACAAUCGUGCCGAUCGGACAGUCUUUGAAAAACAUUCCGUUUAUGAUAGUGACGAAAGUAACAAACUUAUUACAUCAAAUCUUGCUGCCAGUCCCUCUGAAAACAUAUCAGUAUCUGAACACCAGGAGCAGCUAGCUAGCUCGCCAGCUCGGAUUACUGAAAUCUCUAUAACAGAAAUAGAUGAGCUGGGGUCUAACCUGGAAGAAGAAGAAGAAGUGUCUCUCCCUUUGAUUCAGGCAGAUCAUGAAUCCAACAAUAUCACCAGAGACUUGAGCAGGUCUUCGGAGACUGGCGAGAUCAAUGGCAAAUUGUAUCUGAGUGCUGACAAGGGAAAGGACAGAGGGAACGUGGAAAUGGGGUCAGAUACAAAUACACAUGAAGUACUCUAUGCCGCCGAUGGGUACCCCAAGGAUGUGUCUAGUACAAAUGUUCCAAAUGAUGAACUGAAGCAAACGGCAUUCACCAAUAACAUCACUAUUACCAGCAUGUCUUGCAGUACAAAAGAAACGGUACCGCAUUUCACUGAGGUUACGGACGAGCAUAAAGAAAAAGGCAACAUAUCUUCGGACGAUGAGUUGUCACAUAUCAGUCGCUUGAUCAGACCAGAAAUUUCAUCAAAAGACAUUCAAAUUGAAAUGGCUGCUCCAAAAGUUCGCCGUGCGAGCAAUUGGAGCUUGUAUACAGCUUCUACAAUGGGAAGUUUGCUGAACAUUGCACAUGUAACUGCUCUAGAACCAGACAAGCCCAAAUCCAGGUUCUGGGUUAAGGAUUUAAUCGACAUAUCUUUGCUGAGAAACUAUCUGGCAAUGAUGAUAGCCUUCAGUUACAUUCUAAUCCACAUGUCAGGUUUUAGUACUGUGUAUCUACCCUCACACGCGAAGCGAAUGGACAUAUCCUCGCAGAAAGCAGCCAUCCUUCUCACCAUAGUUGGAUCAAUGGACAUCGUUGGCAGACUCGCUUUUGGAUUUUUAGCAGAUUUGAAAAUCGUCCGUCCGCAUUUGAUUAUUGCGGGAAUUUCUGCAGCUCUUGGGACCGUGACUCAUUUUAUGCCGCUGUUUACAACUUUUGAAACGUUGGUCUUGUUUUCCGUGGCGCAAGGUCUCUUCGGGGGCGUCGGCAUGAACCUGACUACAGUUCUCAUCGUGGAUGUUCUUGGCAUUCAGCACCUCGGGAAAAUGUUGUCUAUGAGUAGUAUGUUCAACAGCAUCUCCAUGUUUAUCCAGCACCCCAUUCAAGGUGCAGUAAUUGAAACCACGGGUGGCUUUAUGGCAACCUACCACUACAUUGGAACCUGCCUACUGUUGGACACAUGCCUCUUACUAGCUGAGCCACUCCUCCACAAACUCCAGACGGCCAAGGAAAAAACACGGAACGUCAAGGGGAACAUAACCUCUGCUGCAUAA